ACGAGUCUACCUUGCUUGGUUUCUCUAUUGAUACACAAAUGUUAAAACCUGAAGCCAACGCAACUUCAAAAAGUCAGGAACACGUGGACGUAUAGCAAUGGCUGAUCAUUGCCAACUCACCGCUUAUCAAGACCUCCUCAAGGUUGUUAUUUCCCGCCACCAUCGUUAACGCUAGUCUCAGUCGUCACUUUCGGGUUGUAACUGAAAUCACGAAGAAGCUCCCUCCAAUGGCCGCCACAAGCAACACCGUCGUGUUCAUCGUCAUACUUGCGAUCACCUUCUCUUCCUCCUCCGAGACGCAGGCACCUUCUCCACCGGCUCUCACCUGUACGGAGGAGCUAGUUAUGUUCUCUCCAUGCCUUCCGUACGUCUCCGCUCCACCAAACAACAUGUCAGACAGGCCGGAUCCUCUUUGCUGCUCGGCUUUCUCCACAUCCGCCCAUUCCGGCGCCGGAAACUGUCUCUGUUAUCUUCUCCGGCAACCUAUGAUCCUUGGGUUCCCGUUGGAUAGAUCACGACUGCUUUCUCUUUCCCAGAUCUGUAGCGAUCUUAGUUCCGACGAAUCUUUCGAGUCUAUCUGCUCGGCAUCAGAGUCGCCGGAGCUUCCGCCGCUUCAGAGCAUUCAGUUCACAGCUCCUUUUGUUUACGGUAUGAGUGAAUCGAUUUCGGUAAUAGUUUACUUGAAUUCAGAGACGAGACGAGUUUCAUUGAUAUCUGCAGGUGAUACAGCUUCCGCAUCUCCUCCAUCGUUGGCCAUUUCACGGGAAGCCGCCGGAAUUUCACCAACCUCCGUUCAACCCUCACCAGUAACAGAUAGCUUAUCAUCAACACCAGAAUCCAUCAUAAACGGCUCCCCAAAGAUCAGAAGCUUCUGGCUUCUCUCGACCAUCAUCAUGACGCUGCCCACCUCUAUCUUCACUCGCAUCUGAAGCAUUCCUCUUUCUUUCCUUUACAAUCUGAAGUUCAUUGUACACUGUUCUCCAGUUGGUGGGUGUCUCUUUAAACCCCAUACUUGAUCUGCUCCAUAUCUUUCCUUUUGGCUUUGUGAAUCGAACAGAGAUGAUAUAGACUUUUAGACAUACCAUUGUUCUCUCAGUAGUGUCAUUGUACAUUGUUUCCUUUUAGCUUCGUCAAUCGUGAUAUAGUGGAACAAGAACAUGUUUAGGUUGUUCUCUCAUAAGAAAGUCAUUUCAAAGUUUAACACAUGUAA